UUUGCAGAUUGGUUCAGUUAGGUUAUUGGAGCGUUUUCAUGGCCAGUCUUCGGCUCUUAAUAUCUCUCAAAGAAAGAGCGCAGUGAAGCCUCUAAAUGCCGAGCCUAAACGAAACGAUAUGAUCGUGCCAUUCGCGGCGACCGCUAUUGCUCCUGGUAAAGAUUUGUGUUCUUUCUUUCUUUUAAUUUUGAGUUUUGAUUAUGGGUUUUUUUUAAAAAAAAGUAGAAGCCGAGGAUUAUGAACAACUGGCUAAAGACCUUGAAAACGCUUCCCCACUUAAAAUUAUGGACAAGGCCCUUGAGAAAUUCGGCAAUGACAUUGCAAUUGCGUUCAGUGGAGCUGAAGAUGUUGCUUUGAUAGAGUAUGCUCAUUUAACAGGUCGUCCCUUUAGGGUGUUCAGCCUGGACACUGGGAGAUUGAACCCGGAAACGUAUCGAUUUUUUGAUGCAGUUGAGAAGCAAUAUGGCAUACGCAUUGAAUACAUGUUUCCUGAUGCUGUGGAAGUUCAGGCAUUAGUGCGGAGCAAGGGUCUCUUCUCAUUUUGUGAGGACGGGCACCAAGAAUGCUGCCGGGUGAGGAAGGUGAGGCCCCUCCGGAGGGCCCUGAAGCGGCCGAGAGCCUGGAUCACUGGUCAAAGGAAGGACCAAUCUCCAGGAACUAGGUCUGAAAUUCCUGUUGUCCAAGUAGACCCGGUAUUUGAAGGCUUGGAUGGUGGAAUUGGCAGCGUGGUGAACUGGAACCUUGUGGCAAAUGUCAGUGGCGUUGGCAUAUGGAACUUUCUUCGCACCAUGGAUGUAACUGUGAACUCAUUGCAUUCGCAGGGGUACAUCUCAUUAAUUGGCUGUGAGCCAUGCACGAGACCGGUUCUACCCGGACAACACGAGAGAGAAGGAAGGUGGUGGUGGGAGGAUGCCAAAGCUAGGGAGUGUGGCCUCCACAAGGGAAAUAUCAUGAAAAAUGACGCCGCUAAUGCAGCCACUGUUGACGAACAGGAUGCCUUACUCUUGUAUCUUGAUAGUUCUUGUGAUCGUUGGGUGAUUGAUUCAGGAGCAUCGUUCCACUUUACGGCCCAUCGUGAUGUCCUGGAGAAUUAUGUUGCCGGAAAUUAUGGUAAGGUUUCUCUUGCUGAUGGUGGAUUUCUAGACAUUGUUGGUAUGGGAGAUGUCAGGUUGAAAACACCUGAUGGGUCUGUGUGGAAGAUCGACAAGGUGAGACAUGUGCCCAAAUUGAUGGGCAAUUUUAUUUCAGUGGGGCAACUUGAUGAGGAGGACAUCAUGUAACCUUCAAUUGUGGAGGAUGGAAAGUCACAAAGGGGGCCAUGGUUGUUGCUCGGGGGAGUAAGAUUGGAACCCUC